UGUAAAAAAUGGUAACGCCUGACGCGUUCCACAGGUGUUUGUUAACAAAACGUAUGUGUUCUCGUUGUGUGCAGUAUAAAAACACAUGCGUUUCUUUAUGGAACGGGUGUUUAUAACUAAAACAGUAAUGUGCAGUGUUUAAACGGUUGGUGUUUACAUUGGCAUGCCUGUGUGCAAACAUGAAACGUUUGUGUUUACUUUUAUGUCAUAAGCUCAUCUCGUGUUUUGAUUAUUAAUAACAAACAAAACAGAAACAUAACAGUAAACAGAAACAUAACAGUAAGGAUAAGACAAUACGAAUGUUUAGAAAUGUUUAAUGAGAAAGUGUCUCUGUAUUAAACGCCGGUGUUUCAGGGGCGAACAUUCUGCGUAUGUCAUGAGUGCCGAUCAAGAACACCUUCUGAUAUUAUCCGAGGUGUUACGAAUUUAACUUCCUUUCUCCUGCUGCAGCCGAAUUUUUUGGCGCAAAUUUUACCUUUCUUCAUUUUGCGUGAAUUUAGCAAGGAAAACAUAGAAAAAACAACAGCAAAAGGAUGACUUUAAUGUUGCAGUGCUGAAGGCUUUAGAAUCAGAAACAGCUUACAGAAAAGGAAAGGGCCAGAAGACUCAGCCUUUGAUGCAAAUAAUUAUGCUUGAAGAUGAUGGGAAUCUUGUGAGACUUCUUUCUUCUGCACCAGAGUCGGCACCAAAGUUGGUUGCAAUUGAGAAAGAUGAAUGUAUUGUGAACAUGGCUAUUGUUUGUGAUGGUACACACAUUCUUCUAAAGACAGCCGAUUUAAUAGGGGCCCUAGCUGUGUCGAUUGAUUUGUAUUACCUUGCAGACCUAGAUUAUUCAAAGGCAUAUUCACAGGUGCGUGGGUUACUUCAGCAAACUGAACUUCAGCACCAGUUUGAUGGGCAUAAGAGCUAUGGAUUUGUUCAAUAUUUAAAGAGAAUGAACAUGGAAAUGGAGAGAAAAGAAAAGAAGCCAAUGUGACUUAAGUGAUCCAGCUAUCAUAAAAGGAAAAGUUGAACUUAAAUUUCAUUUGGAUAAUUAUCAGUUUACACUUCCUCAGAAGUAUGUUUUACUUAACUAUAAUCUUUUUUGAGAGUCGUUAAUGAUGCCUUUAUAUGUAACUAUUCACACUCUUCAUCAUAAGUAUUUUUGAAGAACUGAUUUCAUAAAUUAGAUGUGAUAUUUGCCAGCUGAAAACAUUAUUGAGGGGUGAACAUCUCAUCAUAUUUAAUGACUAGUAAAUCCAUAAUUGUUUUAUCCUAUGUUUUGUUACAAAGAUAAAUUGUUUCAUUAACUGUAGAUUUUUUUUGGUUUGCAAGUAAAUUAAAAGUUACUAAGUACAUACUUUUUUAUUAUAUUUAUUUAUUUUAUGUUUAUCACAGACUGUACUUAAUGAUGAUCAUGAAUUAUUAAUAUAUUGCUUCUGAUCAUCUAUGCUAAUUACAGAGGAUGACUGUUGCACAAUCCAUUUAUAUAAAUAGCACAAUAUUUCAUGAAAAAACACACAUAUUUUAUAAAAAGCGAAUGAUUUUAACCAAUAGAAAUCUGGCUAUUUUAGUACAAAUUAAUAAUUUUAUAUUUCUUGCAACAGAUGUUUGAUGAUGUCAUAAUUUUUAGCUUGAUUAUUUAAAAAAUGGUAAGGCAAUAGCUUAGCAGCUGAUUAUAGCAUUAGUGUUGCAUGACACAAUGUUAAGUUUUUUAGACAAAGAAAGGCAACCAUGGACUUCUGAUAUUUAUUUGGAACAUCACCAUUUUGUGUAUGCAAAUAUAACUUUGUACAUGUGUUAGAUACGAAAAUAUUAUUUACCAAUACCCAUUCAAGGUAAUUAUGCCUCAUUUCGGAGUAAAUGCAUUGAGAAUAGUGCAGGCAUGUUGUCGCUCUAACAGCUCAUUUCAUGCUUGUGUUUAGCAAAGUUGUAUUCUUGAAUUAUGUUAAAUUAAAAAUGAAAAAAAACUGUAUAAUGUUAUAAUAAAUAAAUUCCAAAAAUACUUCAUUAGCAUUUUUUGUAGUUACAAUAUGCUGUACAUGUAUUUCCUUAGUUGUUUUGAUCUUACCUGAACAUAUACAGUAAACACGUAAUGCAUUUGAAAUUGAAAUAUGUGACAUGUUUAUCAGGAACACUUUGAAAGCAGCACAUGUGGGUUUGGAAACAUGUUGCAAGUUCCAGUUUGAAACACCAAACGUGUUUACUGUACAUGUUCAGGUGUUCCCAAACUGUAACAUAACAAGUGUUCUGCUAUGAAACGUGUCACAUGUUUCAGUUUGAAACACCAGGAAGCGUGUAAAACGGGAACAUCUGUGCGUUUAUUCGUGAACAUGUGACGUGUUCCAUUCUAUAGUGUUUCCAAAGUGUAACAGGAAAAGUGUUUCGAAAUGUGUUUAAAACUUAAACACCCGUUUUUACA